UGCCACCUAGUGACUGUAGUCAGCGCUCACAGUCAGCUCCAGAAUGAACUCAAAUGCGCACAGUGCUGGGCCCAGACUGGGGCCCUCCCAUAACUCCCUCGGUCUACUCCCACUACUGCUGUGUACUCCGGGUUUGGGGAUACAAGGUAGCAGUAAAGGUCCCACUGAGUUUCCAGCACAUCUGCCUACACAGGACCAGGAGCCUCUGCACGUUACCUGGUAUUUGCCAGAGCGCCGCCCCCAUCAAUCUGAAACAGGCCAGCCCUGAACAGGGAGGCGCCUGCAAGACCCAGGGCCUCAGCAGGGGGAUGCUCCAGGUCAGAUGCUGGGUAGCCAGCUCUGGGUCACUUGGGCUCUAGUGUCCCAGGCCUGCCCACUGUCAGCACAGACACAGAAUCUGACAAAACCUUUUUACUGGAAAAUGUCAGGGCCGUGCCUAGUGUUGAAGGGAGCUCAGAGCAGGACACAGGUCAGGGGAACUUGAUCCCGGGGUAAAGGGGCAUUCAGCUCAGCACCAAGGCAGGGGGAUGUCAGCCAGGAACCUGCACCCCUGGGGGGACUGCAGCCAAAUAGGGUGGCCAACACCUCCGGCCUCGAUGCGGGGCCUGUUCACUUUCUGGAAGGAUCCAGGGCACUAGGCAGUCCUGAGCUGAGUGGAUCCCAGAGUCUUGUUCCCUCAGCCCCAACCUUUCACUCCUCCUGAAACCAGGGGAGGGGGCUGCAAAGGAGGCGCUCAUGAUCUCGGAGCUGUGGCCACUGCCCCUGCGCUCAGGGCAGGGCAUUUGGGCACCUUGGCCCUGGGGCCCUAAGUGAGGCCUGAGUUGGCAGUGGAAAGCGCUCUCCAGGCGGUGCCUCCUAUUGGGAAGGCCACUGAGUCGGCCUGGGGCCCCAGAAAUUCAGAACAGCAUUUGCAGUCCUUGGUGUGACUCAUUGAGGCCUGUGAGACUACCAUGUCAGCCAAUCUCCACUGGGUUGGGGGCCAGUGGUCAGCACCAAGGCCGUGGGACCCUUAGCCAGAAUGCCACUGGGCUAUGAGGAAUGGGUUCACCCUUGGUUGGCAGGGGAGAAGGAGCGCCACAUGAGUAUGACUGGGGUGUCUGCUCUCUGGGUGUUCUGAGUGCAGCAGUGUCACUGCUGCCCAGGCCUCAGGCUGGCUGUGCCCUCCCAACCAACCGUGUUGGGGGCAUCUCCUUCCUACUCAGGGGGAAGAGGUUUUUCUCAGGAGGUUCCACAGCCCUGCUCCAUCCCCAGAACACCAAAGGCUUGCCUCCAUGUGUUGGGGUGAGGCGGCCCCCCCCCAAGCCAGACCACUCAGCGAAGGUGGAGCCGGUUGGUGUGACCAACCCACCCAUGAGACCUUACCUUGGGGGCCCAGACAGCCACCUACCUCCUGUGCUCCCAGAGAAUUCAACAUUCCUGGAGUCAAGACAAAGGUUGCUGGAUUGGACAGCUGUGCGCGCAAGAGGCCCAUAUCCAGGCCCUCCUCCCAUGCUCCUACCCUUGGCGUGGAGCUUCAGACAGGCUCAGUCUCGUUGUCUGGGAGGGUGGUAGGUGACCCACAGGGUGGAAAAAUGAUUCAGGUGGUGGCAGUAUGAGGGAGCAGUGAUGGCCAGGGGCACAGGCUCUUGGGUUAAAUUAACGCCGCUCCCCUCACUCUCCUCACCAUGAGGUGCCUCCAGCUUCUCAAUUCCCUCUCCCAGGAGAGAGCAGAAUGGAGACACAAGUUGUCCAGGGCAAUCAGAAGCUAAUCAGAACGUUGUCGUUCCCAGUUCAGCUGCACCUGUUGUCUCCCACCCAUGCUGCCACCAGCUGGGGCACCCAAGGGCUGAGAUGGGAGCCCUGGGGCAGGUCACUCCACUUCUGAUGCCACGAAGAGGGCUGCGGCUGCCUUCUGCCAAAGGUUGUCCAGUUCUCACGCCUUUGUCUCAGGCUUUUGAAGUCUCGGGGUGGAGGCGGGGUGGCAGUUAACAGCAUCCUCCUCAAAGGCCUCAUUCACAGAGUUAGAAACGCACCCUGAAGUAGUGACACAGAACAGGCCUCCAAAGCUGCCUGAGGCUGGAAAGCCAGGGUCAGGGCCUGCUUGGCCUGGAGGACCCAAUUCCUCCCCAAGGGCCAUGGGGACCAUCUGCUGUGGGUAGGGGGUCCUAGGAUCCCAUGUGGUCAGGGACAGCCCAGGGGCCUUCAGGGUCAGUGAUGUCAGCACCACAUCAUGCUCACACACUGAGACCACCUGCCCAGCUGUGGCUCUGCUGUUAUCAUGCCCUGGGACCCACUCCCUCUGGUGCUUCUCACUAGGAGAAAGGGAGGAAAAGCUGGGAGGUAGGUGUGGCCGGUGACAGGGCUGAGAGAUGUAUGCAUGGUUUUCUCUGAGCCUUGAGGGUUGAUGGGGGAGCAGGGCUCACUUGCCCACCAGUAACAUGAAAACCACUGCCACCAACUUGAAGAAUGGCUUGGCCAAAUCUAAAGCUGAAGAUCUCCCUCUGACCCCACAAUUCCACUCACAGGUGUCAUCAGGGGAACAUGCAAGCAUGUCCAUGCUGCACCUCAUGUAACAGGAUCCACUAGAGCCCUUGUAGUAGAGUGGAAGGGAUGCUCACGAUGGGCAGCAGUGUGGGGAAAAGAAGCCAGGCCCCCUCCCCGAAAAAGCGCAACCCAUAUGAUUUCAUUUAUACAAAGUUCAAAAACAGGCAAAAUUGAUGGAGGUCAGGGUAGCAGCUCACUGGGGCAGGAAGGGGCCUGGGAGCAACAUUCUGUUUAUGGUGGCAGGGGAGUUAACAGCAGGGGUACAUGCAGGUUGGGCAUCUGGCAAGCUGCAUAAUCACAGUCUGUGCACUUGUAUGUAUGUUGUACUUGAAAGUCUUAAUAAGCAAAAAGGGUGAAGGGAUAUUAAGGUAUCCACGCAGGGGCAUGGCCUGUGAGUAGGGGGGGGGUUCUGGAUGUUCUGGGGUUGACUUUGGUCAGGUGGGUGUGUGUAUGUGGUGGGGGGAGGUUUUAAUAGGAAUGUCACAGAUACACAUAUUCUCAGCUCCCUCAGCCUGGCCCUGGUUCUGUCCCCAACUGCUGGCUCAGGCCUGACUUUGAACAAGCCACUGCCUUCCCCUCUGCCUGUAUUCGCCGUCUGUAACUGGGAUGGAUGGUUCUGUUCCCACCCACAAAUGGCAGACUUCAACAAGAGUGGGCUGGGAGCCCCCCACCAUCACCCCGACCUCGUGUCCUGACCGCAGUGAAUGGCUUGCAGUUGACCAUGCACAGCUGCUCGCACUCCAAGCUGGAGACAGGGAGUCUGCCCUUGAUGUGGUGCAUGGCUUGGGGGCCUGUGGUCUUUCACAAAGGAAAUGGGGGUGUCAUGGGAGAGGGCUGCAGCCACCCUGCAGUGGAUAUGGCUAUGUGGCUAGAGGAUCCUGGUGGAUGUCAUGGAGCACCUCCACUCUUUAGCUCCCCAGGACCUGGCUAGCCUCAGGCCCAGAGCUGCAGCUAAGGGAAGGUUUGCUGCUGCUCUCCCUCCCAGGGCUCACCUGUAACACAGCACCCUCUGCCGAGGCCGGAGUCCCCACACCCACACUUCUCACCCUGCCCACUCUUUUCUGAGAUUUAAUUACGGAACAUUCUCCCUAGUCUGGCCCCUAGAUCUACCUUGAACCUCAGGAGCUCGGUGUCAGGCAGGCAUCAGUGAUGUUUGAGAGGGGUCUGGGGAGAGGGUUGGAAGUUUUGCAGAUGGGGGUGUACUGUCAGGAAGGCACCUUGUGAGCAGACACGGGGCUCUUGGCUGGGGAGGCCAGGCUCGCAGGAGAAAUAGGACAGAGGAGCGAGGGCAGGGUGCUGGGCGCCUCCCUCUGUGCUCUGGGUACAGCUGUCAUGUGGUUACCCUUGGGGUGGGGCCUACACACUCCUUUGAAGAGGCCGGAGAAAGGCCCUAUUCUUUCUUGUACCUCACCCUGCCCCGGUCCUAGAAGGUAGGAGGUUGCAGCAGCUGCAGAGUUGCACAACCACGAAGGUGGAUGACGAGGACCGGGAGGAGGGAGCUUCGUGGAUGUGCCCCCCUAAGCAGCCUCGCCACGACGGCAGAGGUGAGAAGGUGGGCUGAGGACGCAGAGGACUGAGGCCACAGAGUACGGAGUGUGCUCCGGGCUCAGGGAGCCCAGACACCAGGGCUAUGUGUGGGCCAGCCUCUGGCUGGCCGGGAAGGUGGUAAGCGUGAGGGCCCACAAGCUCCUGUGGCCACAAUGCACUGACCAGAGUGCUGGAGAGUGGGGACCAGGCUGGAAUUGGAGGCCCCCAUUGGACACCUCUGUGACCCUGUUCCAGCUCGCGGGGGGCUAUGCCCAUGCAGGGAGCCCAAGGGAGGCUGCGAGGCUCCCUCAAUGCCACACCCCCCACAACACCCCACUCGGGACUGGCUGGCAACCAGACAGGCCCCUGGUGCUUGGAGGUAUCCAUCCCGGAUGAGCUCUUCCUCUCACUGGGGCUGGUGAGCCUGGUGGAGAAUAUGCUGGUGGUGGCUGCCAUUGCCAAGAACCGCAACCUGCACUCGCCCAUGUACUACUUCAUCUGCUGCCUGGCCGUGUCCGACCUGCUGGUGAGUGUGAGCAACGUGCUGGAGACAGCUGUCAUGCUGCUGCUGGAGGCAGGCGUGCUGGCUGCAUGGGCAGGUGUAGUGCAGCAGCUGGACAAUGCCAUCGACGUGUUCAUCUGCGGCUCCAUGGUGUCCAGCCUCUGCUUCCUGGGCGCCAUUGCAGUGGACCGCUACAUCACCAUCUUCUAUGCGCUUCGCUACCACAGCAUUGUGACACUGCCCCGGGCACGCUGGGCCAUUGCCACCAUCUGGGCGGCCAGUGUGGUCUGCAGCACCCUCUUCAUUGCCUACUAUGACUGCACAGCCGUGCUGCUCUGCCUUGUCAGCUUCUUCCUGGCCCUGGUGGUGCUCAUGGCGGUGCUGUAUAUGCACAUGCUGGCCCGGGCCUGCCUCCACGCCCGCAGCAUCGCCCGGCUGCACAAGCGUUGGCGCCCAGUCCACCAGGGCCUCGGCCUCAAGGGUGCCGCCACACUCUCCAUCCUGCUGGGCUCCUUCUUUCUCUGCUGGGGCCCCUUCUUCCUGCACCUCACACUCAUCGUCCUCUGCCCCCAGCAUCCCACCUGCAGCUGCGUCUUCAAGAACUUCAAACUCUUUCUCACCCUCAUCAUCUGCAACUCCAUCGUGGACCCUCUCAUCUAUGCCUUUCGUAGCCAGGAGCUCCGCAAGACACUCAAAGAGGUGCUGCUGUGCUCCUGGAAGAGUGGCAAGAAGCCCUCAAGGGGUGCCCACCGCUGGCAUCAGGAGGACUGUGACCAGCAGAGCCAUGUGCCACGAAGUGGCCACCUCGUGGAGAAGUCCCUUGGGGAGCGGAGGCGGGUAUCCUUCGCCGAACAGACAGUGACCCGUGCCCCUGGGUACCCACAGCCGUCCAUCCCCGCCUCGCGGCUUGCUUGCUUCUCAGAGGAUUUAGGACCAGUCCCCUCCCGAAGGGAUCCGGAAAACUCCGAGUACCUUGUCUCCUCAGCCGUGACACGGACAGGGGCUGUGACGGGGUCCGAGGGCCAGGAGACUUCUAUUGUCUUCCCUGGAGCCCACAGCCCCCGUGGCCAGCUGGUCGGGGAGCCGCCCCUCCCUCCGGGCACUCAGCCCAAAUCCCAAGGGCCGGGCCCGGUCCGGCCCAGCUACUCGGGGCGGCCGAGGAGGUGCCGCGCCCGCCGCAUUGUGCGCGGAGACCGGCGGAUGCGCGGUGCUGAUGCUGCGGAGCCGAUGCCGCAGUCCGCGGAGCCGGGUCGGUGCAGUUCUGCAGCCGCCAGCGCCGAGAUGAGGGAGAUCGUGCACAUCCAGGCCGGCCAGUGCGGCAACCAGAUUGGGGCCAAGUUCUGGGAAGUCAUCAGCGAUGAGCACGGCAUCGAUCCCAGUGGCAACUAUGUGGGGGACUCAGACCUGCAGCUGGAACGGAUCAGCGUCUACUACAAUGAGGCCUCCUCUCACAAAUACGUGCCUCGGGCCAUUCUGGUGGACCUGGAGCCUGGCACCAUGGACAGCGUCCGUUCUGGAGCCUUUGGGCACCUCUUCAGGCCCGACAACUUCAUCUUUGGUCAGAGUGGAGCUGGCAACAACUGGGCCAAAGGUCACUACACAGAGGGUGCAGAGCUGGUGGACUCAGUCCUGGAUGUCGUGCGGAAGGAGUGUGAGAACUGCGACUGCCUGCAGGGCUUCCAGCUGACCCACUCACUGGGUGGGGGCACUGGGUCGGGCAUGGGCACGCUGCUCAUUAGCAAGGUUCGAGAGGAAUACCCUGAUCGCAUCAUGAACACCUUCAGCGUGGUGCCCUCACCCAAGGUGUCUGACACCGUAGUGGAGCCCUACAACGCCACGCUAUCCAUCCACCAGCUGGUGGAAAACACCGACGAGACCUACUGCAUCGACAAUGAAGCCCUCUACGACAUCUGCUUCCGCACCCUCAAGCUGGCCACGCCCACCUAUGGCGACCUCAACCACCUCGUGUCAGCCACCAUGAGCGGCGUCACCACCUCCCUCCGCUUCCCCGGGCAGCUCAAUGCAGACCUGCGAAAGCUGGCCGUCAACAUGGUGCCCUUCCCCCGCCUGCACUUCUUCAUGCCUGGCUUUGCCCCACUCACAGCCCGGGGCAGCCAGCAGUACAGGGCCCUGACAGUGCCCGAGCUCACUCAGCAGAUGUUCGAUGCGAAAAACAUGAUGGCAGCCUGUGACCCGCGCCAUGGCCGCUACCUCACUGUGGCCACGGUCUUCCGUGGGCGCAUGUCCAUGAAGGAGGUGGACGAGCAGAUGCUGGCCAUCCAGAGCAAGAACAGCAGCUACUUUGUAGAGUGGAUCCCCAACAACGUCAAGGUGGCUGUAUGCGACAUUCCGCCCCGUGGCCUCAAGAUGUCCUCCACCUUCAUCGGCAACAGCACGGCCAUCCAGGAGCUAUUCAAGCGCAUCUCAGAGCAGUUUACUGCCAUGUUUCGGCGCAAGGCCUUCCUGCACUGGUACACAGGCGAGGGCAUGGAUGAGAUGGAGUUCACUGAAGCCGAGAGCAACAUGAACGACCUGGUGUCUGAGUACCAGCAGUACCAGGAUGCCACGGCUGAGGAGGAGGGCGAGAUGUAUGAGGAUGAUGAGGAGGAGUCGGAGGCCCAGGGUCCCAAGUGAAGGCCUCCAGCUGGAGCUGGGGGGCGGUAGGGAUGGGGCAGCAAUGUCUGUCCCCAGGGCCCCCGAUCCCUGGCACAGCCCUCAGCUCCACCCCCCCCCCAGCUGCCAGCCGCUUUGCCUGGGGUCCCUGAGUUCUUGUCACUCAGUAUUCACGCUGCCCCUGCCCCACAAGCCCCCAGCUCUAUCCUCUGACCUCUAUUUCUGUGCUGCUCCAGUGUCUCUUUGUUUUAUUGUGGCUCCAGGCCUGACAUCUAUGGUUUGUGUUGUUUUUUUUACUGGUUUGUGUUGAUUUUUAUUUUUUUGGAUACUUAAUAAAUUUAUUGCUGUCAGAUGCC